UUGCCGCGUGAAUUACAACUGAUCUUUUAAGCUUUGCGGUGACCAUUUGGUUCUAAAUGGGUAGUACAAUGCCCUUUUUCAUAAUUCUUACUGGAUUCAACUGUACGUACACUGUGGCGCAUGCAUCCAUGCUUGCCCUUUCAUGUUUGGUUCAUUAUCUGUUUCCCGUGACGUAUAACUUUCCUCUAGCUAACAAUGACGACCUUUGACUGAGAACAUGCAUGUAAUUGUUGUGUGUAGAUUUUACCUAAUAAAGCACGUUUAUUACAUGUGAUAUGUCUUGGUAUAGCUUGUCAGCCACGGUGGCGUACGAGAAUAUCUCACUUGCGAAUACCGCAUUCAGAGCUCCACAUUGUUUCCCAUUCAAACAUUUAAAUAUAAUCGUGCGUUGUUAGAAAUGUCUCCGAGAAUGAACUAUGUUCUUUACUUCAGGCGCUCUACGCCGGGCGGCUGUUGCACUGCUGCCGAGCAACGCGUCGAAGAUUGUUACCGUAAUAAUCCGGGUAACACGCUGUUGUGCACCCGAGCAGUCAAAGAAUACGUGCGCUGUGUGAACAACUUCCGACUGGCCACUGCCCGGAAAGCGACACCUGCACCCACUUGA